UUUUUUUGGAAAAAAAGUGUUGUUUCUCGUCAGACCUGAAAUAUGAGCAGCUUGAUCCUGUAUGGCUUGUACAAUUGCAGUGCCACAAUCCUCGAACGGAACAUCACAUUCUUACGGAUGUUAAAUCGUAGCGAACUACUUAAUAUACUACGAAAUGCUUUAGACAGCUCUCCCGAGCAAAAAGUUCUGCGUGAUGCAUUUUUAGAUUGUUUCUAUAAUUACCAAGAACGGCCGUUCGAUCUGUCAUGGUGGCAAAAGUUAUUCUGGUCCCUUAUAUUCGCCGCAAUGUUGUUGGUGGCAACGUGUGGCAAUGUUAUCGUCAUAUGGAUUGUACUUGCACACCGACGAAUGCGCACGGUUACCAAUUACUUUUUAGUCAACCUAUCCAUGGCUGACUUGAUGAUGUCAUUACUUAAUUGCGUUUUCAACUUCAUUUUUCUACUGAAUUCUAACUGGCCGUUUGGAGUGGUGUACUGCACUAUCAAUAACUUCGUGGCGCAUGUAACGGUCGCUUCAAGCGUUCUCACCCUUGUCUUCAUUUCUUUCGACAGGUAUAUGGCCAUCAUGAGACCACUUCAGCAUCACAUGUCUCGUAGAAGGACGGUGAUAAUUGUUCUUCUAAUAUGGGUUAUCUCUUCAACAUUAGCAGUACCGUGUUUAUUGUAUUCAACAACCGAGUCAAGAAGGUAUUCGAACGGAAAAACUAGGAUUUCAUGUUACCUGGUAUGGCCGGAUGGAAGCUAUCUGCACAGCAGAAUCGAAUAUUUUUAUAACAUCGUAUUUUUGAGCGUCACGUAUUUAGUUCCUAUGACGAUAAUGGCAAUAUGCUAUACCUUAAUGGGCCGGAAACUCUGGGGUUCAAAAUCUAUAGGAGAGCUAACGUAUUACCAAAAGAAGUCAAUAAAAUCUAAACGAAAGGUGGUGAAGAUGUUUAUUAUAAUAGUUGUGAUAUUCGCCAUUUGUUGGCUACCUUAUCAAGGCUUUUUUAUUUUCGUUUACCAUCACAGCCAUUUUGCGGAAACUAGCUACAUUCAACACGUCUAUUUAAGCUUUUAUUGGCUCGCCAUGUCAAAUGCCAUGGUAAAUCCCAUUAUAUACUACUGGAUGAACAAUAGGUUUCGUGUCUACUUUCAACUAAUAAUGUGCAAGCGUACAGACUGUGCCAAUUCACCAACACAGGAAUUUGUAAAGUUUCAACGAUCAGACGUUAUUCCUUACAAUUCAGGUCGUCUUAAAUCUACUUCAAUACGUUGGAAACACAACAUGGCAGAGACUCAAAUGCAAAAUUUGCGAAUACGAUCGAUUUCUAUAAACGAUCACAAGCAGGAUACAACUGUUGUUUGAUUAUCGAUCGCAUAACGAACGAAUUUUCUUUGUAAAUAAAAAAAUCUU